AUCACUUUUGUUCUUCUCUCGUGUUCCGCCUUUUCUUAAAUGCCCCGGCGAUAUAAUUGCUUUUUCUCCACCCUGCCCUAAGACAACCCUGCUAACGCUCCCUAGAUGCUCUUCACCUGGUCUACAAAGAAUCUUUGCAUCGUCUUUCCGCAGUGGCGGGUCACCGGCACCUUGUCUCUAUUCAUCUCACUUCUACUUAUCGUGCUUUUGACCGCCGGCUAUGAGGGCGUCCGUCAGCUUACAAGGCGUUUCGAGGUGGCACAUGCGAAGAGGCUCAGCGCAUACACGACCGCCGCAGUCGGAGGCAGCGAAAUCCACGACGAUUCUCCGCCGGCCAAUGACCCUCCCAGCCAGACACUGCCUGUCCCAAACGGUGGCUCACAGCUCGUUGUAGGUAGGGAUAGCCGAAAGUCCGUCGAACAGCGAGGAAAGAUUACCAUGGCGUCAUUGUAUGCUGUGCAGGUCUUCUAUAGCUUUUUCAUUAUGUUGCUUUUCAUGACCUAUAAUGGCUUUGUUAUGCUAGCUGUCGCCGUCGGUGCCUUUGUAGGAUAUCUGGCGUUCGGAGACGACACCUCCGCUAGCAAGACGGUUGCGUGUCACUAGGUGGCCACGCAAGCUGGGUAGCUUGGAUCCCGGGAAGCUCUCUCAAGAUAUAUUGAGGGAUGAGUGUCGCCGGGCUGCAUGAUUCAGGCAAUGGUGGCUCAGCAUAGUCAUUCUCAGACUUCUGCAAUUGUCGUUUGUUGCUGUUUCGGGUAAAAAGGACUCAAGGGACCUCGAUGUCACUGUCAUCACCACCAAAGCCAAAGCUGAACCCACCACCUUCGUUGGCAUCAGCCCCUUCCUGGUCUGCGUUUCCAUGAACAAUCUCAUCCCAUUUUCUCUUUUUGCCUU